AGCACUCAGCCCUUUCCUAGCACGAGCAAGAGGCUCCGUCCCGUUCCCUGUUGUGGUCGCGGUUGCCGUAUGCCGUAUACCGCGGCCCUGUCGUCCUGACGUCUCCGCUCAUUGAGGCCCGCCUCGCGCUGCGUGACUCCAUAACCACCGGCCACACGGCUCCAUUCCCUCCAUGAACAAUAGGGAGCGGCACGUCCCCGCUGGCCCCAGAGGGGAAACCCAGUCACCCACCAGGCGCAAGGAAAACUCCAGUCCCUUCAAAAUUAACGCUUUCCGUCGACCUACCGAGGAUCCUCCGAUGCUGAGCGCCUCCUCGUCCAACAACCAUUCAUUGUUCUCCUUUGGCAGCCGGAAUGGUAACGAAGACGGAUCAUCGACAAACACAGCAUUCGAAUUCUUGCCCUCGGUGAGCUUCGACGAUCUUCAGAGCAGCCUCGAGUCGGCCUCAACCGUUUCAAAGCUGGUCCACUACUCAACACCACCUGGUCAAAAUUCUUCACCCGAAAGCAUGGGGAGCCAUUCCGACAUCUCCAUCAAUGCCACCGGCGCGAGAGUCGCGGUCCAGCAGCCGGCUCCGACGCGGACCGCCAGAAGCGGGUCAAUUUUGAGAAGACCUAGUAUAACAAAUGGCACAAGUAGACAGGCAGGCUUAGGGACAACAGCAUCCAACACUUCGGGUGUUACGACUCCUACCGCUCCGGCCGCCAUCCGCACCCGUCGUCCGAACCAUUACCCCCCAGUUUCAAGUACGAACAAUACGAUGAAAGCUCCCAGGCGGUCGGCUGGAUCUGACGUGCUCGGUAACUCGGAUGCGGAGGCACGAAGACGAAGGCCAAGUGUCGCCUCACUCGGGGAGCGAAAUGGAACAGAGCCGGUACGCACGUCAGUGUCCGUAGACGGAGGGCCCCGUCCCAUGCCCGAGUCAACGCGAACUUCCAAGGCGAGAUCUGUGCAACCACCGCCCCGGGGCAGCGAUGGUGCUACACUAGCCCACGACUUGAGCGCCCUUAGCUUGGGUUCCGGUAGCUCACCUGUGACAUUUCCACGCUCCCCGAAGACGGCGGUCAAGGCGCCAGUUCCAUCCUCGACCAAGAGGAUAUCUGUUAUGCCUGGUGUUCCUCAUACUUCACAUGCAACAGGCUUAGGCGCCAGGACGGUCAGCCCGACGGAUACGAAAUUGAUGAAGCGGAUGUCCCAUAACCAACCCUCCCAAGCGCCAGCUCCAGUGCCAACAGCUCCGAUGCCAUUAGCUACAUCACGUCCUUCGUCUCGUUCUCCAUCCAUGUUGCCGCGCAAGAUCCCAACGCCAGCUUCCUCUCGGACUACCCCGGACGUGAGCAUCAGAAAAUCCUACAGCUCGGGUCUUUCGGCUGCGUCAGCAAAUAGCUAUAAUACCGUUCGAUCAUCGACUGGCUCUAUGCAACCGCGUGUCCCGCAAAGCGGCAACACUAGGCUACCUGCUCCCAAGGGUGUGCCUCCGCAGAAUACGGCGAACGGCGAGGAAGAGGAAGAGGUCCCCCCAGUUCCAGCAAUACCAAAGCUGUACGACUCGCCCGGGGAACUGUCGUUUUUGGACAAGCGCAAGUCCAAUAGAGCAUUUGAUACGAGUAGCAUCAAUAGCACUUCUACAGGGAGCGUAUCUGGGGCACAGCUGACUGACCCACCGCCUGCUAAGCUGCAACGCAAACCGAGCCAACGAAAGUCCGUACACACUUCGACUGUGGACAAGAAGUCCUCUUCCGCAAACUCAAAGAAAAACCUGCAGCCUCUUCGUCUGCCCCCUCUUGCUCUAGGACCGUUGAGCACUACAACUGCUGCCAAAAUUGCGGCGCUUCAGGAGCAGAAUGCAUCAGACAGGAGUCUUUCUCCUUCUCCUGGCAGGCAGAUUGCAAAGACGCCGUCGACGCCCAUGACCGCGUCAAGAAGCGCCUACUUCACCACAACGCGAAAUGAGGAUAAGCCUACAGUGCAGCAUCUCAGGAGUACAAGCACAAUUAAUCGAGGAAAGGGCGGUAGUAUGGACUCCUACAGCUCAAACGAGUCAAUGGGGGGAGUGGUGUCGAAUGUGAUGCCACAGUCUGGAAUGUCGCCAUAUAUCUUGUCUUCUGCGGUAAAAGGGGGGAAUCAGGAGCCGACAUACUCCAAUCGACCAAAAACAGGGGAUCCCGAUGCAUCUGUUCCAACCCAGAAACCCUCUGGACCGCGAGCCCCGAAGCCUGCUGCCGCAAAGUCAUCAACCGCGAAAUCACCACCACCUCCCACUGACCCGGAAGAGCCACCAACUCCAUCGUCAAUUGGCACCUCUAUCAGACGGAAAUUGAGUCUAUCAUGGAAACGAAGUGCAUCCAAGAACGGCAACAAUCGGCCUGAAAAGGUAGAUUCAAACAGUGUCAGACAUGAUUCUAUGCCACCCCCAAGGAUCCCGAUAUCGGCGACAUUGGGUAGCAUGCCUUCAACCACGAAAGCCCCAAGCCCGACGCCUUCAUCAAAAUCGAAUGGAACCGCGACAUACUUGGAGUCUAGGAGACGGAAGAGCUCAGCCUCGAGCCUCAACGCCAAUGUUGCAGGGGACCGUCAUCGUGGCGAGGCGGCGGCAGGCAAGAAGGAAUCUAGUCUAGACACGGUGGCAGAGCGAUCGAUUCAUACGUAUAGCUCGGCGCAAAAGAUUCUCAAGCCGAAGAGUUCAGGUGCGACUCUGAGCCAACCCCGUGACGUCUGGACGGCCGAUCUCGACAAGGAUGAUAUGGUGGCCGAGGAAGAGAUGAAGAAACUCGGGUCGCGGCGUAAGGAGACGGAAAUGGCGGCUCGGACGCUCGAUGCCUUGCGCAAGCGUGCUACUGCCAAGGAACGCGUUGGUCCUCAGGAAGCCCUUAGGAUUGCCGUUCUAAACAUUUACGAACGCGGCGAAAUUGUGGAUUAUAAAGACGUCUACUUUUGCGGUACUCAGAAUGCGGCCAAGGUGGUUGGUAACGUUCAAUCAGACCUUCCCAACUUUGGGUACGAUGAUGAGCGAGGAGACUACUCGAUUAUUAUCGGCGAUCAUCUUGCAUACAGAUAUGAAAUCAUUGAUGUUCUUGGAAAGGGUAGCUUCGGGCAGGUUGUUCGAUGCAUCGAUCAUAAGACUGGCGUCCUUGUGGCCGUCAAAAUUAUCCGGAACAAGAAGCGGUUCCACCAGCAGGCUCUUGUGGAAGUCAAUAUCCUGCAGAAGCUUCGCGAAUGGGACCCCAAAAAUAAGCACAGCAUGGUCAAUUUCACCCACAGCUUCUAUUUCCGUGGGCAUCUCUGCAUUUCCACCGAGCUACUUGACAUGAAUCUUUACGAGUUCAUCAAGUCCAACGCUUUCCGGGGCUUCUCACUCAAGUUGAUUCGGCGGUUCACUAAACAAAUGCUCAGCUCACUGCUUCUGCUCAAGCAACACAAGGUCAUUCAUUGCGACUUGAAGCCAGAAAACAUCCUUCUGCGACACCCUCUACACUCGGAGAUCAAGGUCAUUGAUUUUGGUUCCAGCUGUUUCGAAAACGAGAAGGUUUAUACUUACAUUCAGUCACGCUUUUACCGAUCCCCUGAGGUUAUCCUGGGUAUGACCUAUGGCCUUCCCAUUGAUAUGUGGUCGCUAGGCUGCAUUCUGGCGGAACUCUUCACUGGAGUUCCCAUUUUCCCUGGUGAGAACGAGCAGGAACAGCUGGCAUGCAUCAUGGAAGUAUUCGGGCCUCCGGAGAAGCACCUCAUUGAAAAGUCAACACGCAAGAAACUCUUCUUCGAUAGCUCUGGCAAGCCGCGUCUUACCGUCUCCUCGAAGGGUCGCCGCCGCCGCCCCUCUUCCAAGACUUUGCAGCAGGUUCUCAAGUGCGAUGAUCAACCAUUCUUGGAUUUCAUUGCUCGAUGCCUCAGGUGGGAUCCGGAUAGAAGAAUGAAGCCAGAAGAAGCCGUACGACAUGAGUUCAUCACCGGACAGAAGACUCCGCCCUCAUCUUCCAUGCCAGUGCCACGCCUUGCAUCGACGCGGGAAUCAUCCCCAAGCAAGCGUGUACAGAAUCUGAACGGAGGACCUCGGCCGCUGCCGGAGCCGCCGGCCGCCGCUGUCACUACCAGAACCUCACUGCGGUCAGGAGUCGUCAGUUCUGGUAUGCCUCAGGGUCCUUUGAAACCCACUCUUGCUAGUGGUAUUUUGCCUUCCUCGCGUAAGGUCUCUGGCAUGACGGCUUCGGCUAGUGGGGCAACGUCUGGCGUGAAAAGAGCAAGUGGAGGUACAACUGGCUCAACAGCUGGCGGUUUCAACUCCGGAAAUGUUGGUUCCAAUGGGAGCAGUCUACCGCGAGCGGCGAUUCGUACCACGAGUGCCCGGCAGCAACAGCAACAAGAUCUCGCAGCCGCAGGGGCCACAGCAGCCAUGAUGAGCCGCAGGGCCUAGGAGGAACGAUGGGCUAGAAGGGUUCGACUGGGUAUAGGAAGGACAUGGGCGCCGGAAAUGGCGAAUGUUGUGAUGA